UCAAACCGGAACAACUGGAUUUUUUCCUGGCCGACGCUCAAGUGGUAAAUUACCAAUUUUUAAAUCAUUAUACGAUUGUUGUGUGGCUGACAAAAUCCAGGUUUUUCACUAGUUUGAAUGAAUAUGACCAUAAUUGGCAAGCAUAUAUUGCAAGUUAACUGUUAUUAAAUGUUAAUGUUACGUUUCAACUUUUAUAGAUUUUCAGUCCUCAAAUCAAAGCCUGUCAGAAGAGAAAUAUAGGCCUAUGCAUGUCUUCUUCUUCUUAGCAUUUCUUACUCCCAAAAGAAUAAAGGCCAUCCACAAAACUUUUCCAUCUGUCCUUGUCCUGGGUUAUCUCUGCUAGUUUAGCCCAACAUUUCUUCAUUUUCUUCCAUGUGGCUCUUGAUCAUCCUCUAUUCUUUUCCUGUCACCAUAAGGAUUCCAAUGUGAUGUUAGUGUUUGGUUUCUUUGACGUGUGCCCUAUCCAUCUCCAUUUUCACUGGAACACUUGAUGUUCUCUCCCAAAAUAGAUUCAAUGUAAGGGGAAAUAAUAGUGGAAUGAAAUAAAUGAUAAUUGUAAAAUGUAGAAUAAUUAUAUCUUUUUUUAUGUCUCAGUAAAAUGUAUAGCAUUUUCUCUAUACUUAUCACAAUUUGUUAAUGCCUAUUUUUGAAUAUUUUCAACUAAGCAAACAUGUCAGCGAAUAAACAAUUGCGCACCCGUGAUCAUUGUGAUCCAGCUAUAUCUAAAUUUGAGAAGGCACUUGAACUGGCGGAGUCCACUCAAGCAUCAUCAGAAAUCAUUAAGGCCCUGAAGUCAGGGCUUGAACUGAUUCACCUGAGGGAAGAGUUUACACUCUAUGCCACUAGCACACAAAGUGAACCCUGUGAAAAUAUUCUAGAUGAAACUUACAGCCAUGACUGGAAAACACUCCAUGAUCAAGGCAAAACUACAUGGAAUUUACUUCCCCAAAUGAUGACCGGCCCAUUAGAAGGUUUGUUUUAUUUCUUCUCCCCCCCCCCCCCCAACCCCCCUUAUAGAAAACGAAUCAGACUUGAGAUUGCACAUUGAAUAGGUGUUAAAAAUGACCAAAAAUUAUUUUUUUUUUUAAAAAUCAGAUAAGCAAUAUUCCUAAGCAAUUAGCUACCAAUAAGUCUUUAAUGCAACACUUUUCUUACUCACUAAUACAUUUUUAGUAACUUUCAAGUUUUCAUUUGUUGAUACCGGUAUUGAAUUUUGGCUGUCACUGCAGAUUAUGACCCAUUUUUACCCUGCAGAAUUGUAAACAAAAAUUAAUACCCUUUAAACAUAUAAGAUUAGUAAUCAUGCUUCUGUUAUUAGUUACAAACUAUUCUCUGCUCUUCCAUUUAGGACAGUUUCUCAAAUCAUUAGUCAGUAUUCAUAAUGCCAAACGAGUUCUUGAUAUUGGCAUGUUUACUGGAUACAGUGCUUUGUCAAUGGCGGAAGCUUUGCCAGGUAAGUUUUAUCAUUAUAAAGCUGGGUUUCCCUACCUGUCGUGCGAGGACCCCAUGGGUUGUGAGGUUGCAUUUCAUAAGGUGCGAUAAAUAGAUUAUAAAAACAGAGGAGCCACUGACUUUUAAGUUAUGAUAGAAAUGUUUAUAUAUUUUUAAAAAAAUUUCUUCACUUAAAUGCUACUUUACUUUAUGUAAUUAAUCACAAGUUAAUUCUAUAAGUUGUACAAUUCUCUUAGUAAUUCAUUGUAGAAAAAUAUGUCAGUUAUUUCAGAUUUUAAAGUGCACUGUUAAUUUUGUCAGUGUGCGAGGCUUAGUUAAACAAUUUAUAGGAGGGUCAAGACUUAAUAAAACAAUGCAUCGGUGAUGCAAAUAAUCGCAAAGUUGGGACACAUAGAUAAAACUUAAAUAUACCGGUAAUGGGAAUUAAAGUAACUUCUUAAUCAUUGUUCAUUUACUUUAAAAGUAUAUAUCAGGUAUUUUAAGAUAGAAGUUAUUCAACCUCUAAGUAUAAGACAGCAGGUCCAUCCAAGUAUAAGACAGCAGGUCCAUCCAAGUAUAAGACAGCAGGUCCAUCCAAGUAUAAGACAGCAGGUCCAUCCAAGUAUAAGACAGCAGGUCCAUCCAAGUAUAAGACAGCAGGUCCAUCCAAGUAUAAGACAUCAGGUCCAUCCAAGUAUAAGACUGAAGGUCCAUCUGUUUUCCAAAGAAUUGUUGUGAGACCUGGUACCGGUAACUGACAUUAAAUUUGAACCAUUCUCCAUUACCAGGACAAGAUACAUAACUCUGUGGUAAAAUGAGUUUUAUUAGACAAAAAAAUCUCAUUUUAUUUUAAGAGAACAAUAUUUUCUUGAAAUGUAUAAAACAUUCAUUUUCUGGAAUGUAGACUAUAUGUGCUUGUUGUUCCAGCUGAUGGCCAGGUUGUGACAAUCGAUCAGGAUGAAUAUUUAAAGGAAUUUGUGGGGGAAGCAUUGUUGAGCAAGUCUCCACAUCACAAAAAAAUUAACAUUGUAAUUGGUGAGAAUAUAACCACAUCAUUACAAAAAUUAAUGUCACUUGACUCACUUAACUUGAAUACUGAUUCCUUGAAUGUCACUUGACUCACUUAACUUGAAUACUGAUUCCUUGAAUGUCACUUGACUCACUUAACUUGAAUACUGAUUCCUUGAAUGUCACUUGACUCACUUAACUUGAAUACUGAUUCCUUGAAUGUCACUUGACUCACUUAACUUGAAUACUGAUUCCUUGAAUGUCACUUGACUCACUUAACUUGAAUACUGAUUCCUUGAAUGUCACUUGACUCACUUAACUUGAAUACUGAUUCCUUGAAUGUCACUUGACUCACUUAACUUGAAUACUGAUUCCUUGAAUGUCACUUGACUCACUUAACUUGAAUACUGAUUCCUUGAAUGUCACUUGACUCACUUAACUUGAAUACUGAUUCCUUUAAAGGUAGAUCCCAUUUCUUUGCACAUUAUAAUCAAAAGUUUUUCUGGUUUACUUAAGGAUUUAUUAGAAUGAAUCUUGAAUUAAUAUUUACUCCAAGGUAAAGCCCCGGAGUUACUCCAGCAGAUGGUGGACAACAAGGAAGUUUUUGACAUCAUCUUCCUGGAUGCAGACAAGUCAGAGUAUCCUGUUUAUUUUAAGGUUGGAUGUCAUUUUUGAAAUAAUUCUAGAUAAAACUGUUAAUAAAUAUUGGAACCAGAUAUGUUCAGGCUUUUUAAAAAAUGACUGGACAAUUACAAGGACAUUUUGGCCAAAUGCCUGCUUUUUUAGCAGACAAGCAAACAAGAAACAACAAAUAAAUAGAAAUUAAAAACUUAUUGUUGCGGCCUUCUCCAGUUGUCUAGGGGUUACAACCUCCAAUGAUGACUACUCGAUGUCUAACCUUAUGUCAGACCUGUAUGGUUAAUUCUCAUCUCUCCCUCUUGGUCAAGUAACUCAAACACCAACUAGUCUAUUGUAAAUUAUGUAUUUAUUUACAUGUACUGGAACAUCCACUUAUUAAAAAACACAGUUGCUACACAAUUCAUCCAGCAGAAGAAUAAAAUCUUCAGGCAACAAGCCAUACAGUGAAUCUAACAAAAACACUAUAUCUCUUGACUCAUGUCACAACUCUCACCAAUGAUCACUUUUCCCUCUCCUUAUAUGCACUCACUUGUUUAUUAUUAUUUCUCUGUCAUCCAAUUACCACUUAGCCACAGUAAUACAAUUCAUAACAUAACUCAUGGGCCAAAAAGUGGUCACCCUAACAACAGUGAGUCUCAUACAAACUCUCAGCAUACCCUAAAGCCCAACACGAACCAACUCCACGCUCUGACCUCACGACUUACAACUGACAAAACAUUCUCAGGAUCAACAACUCCCUCUACCAAACAUUCUCAUGAUCAACAACUCCCUCUACCAAACAUUCUCACGAUCAACAACUCCCCCUACCAAACAUUCUCACAGAUGUUACCUUUAUAAGAGAGAUGUUACCUUUAUAAGAGAGAUUUUACCUUUUUAAGAGAGGUAUUAUCUUUAUAAGAGAGAUGUUAUCUUUAUAACAGAGACGUUAUCUUUAUUACAGAAAUGUUAACAAAGUGACAAGGAAGACCAACAGGCCAAGUGGGUUUCUAUCAUCUAUGGAGCAUCAAAUGUUCUCUGUCUUUGAUUGUCAUUGUAGAGUCAUUCUUAUCCUUUUCUCUAAUAGUUUGCAUUUGAGCUUAACCUGCUUCGUCCCGGGGGCACUGUGUUGGUGGAUAAUGCUUACAGAUAUGGAGACGGCUACAUUCCUGAAGCCGGGGAAACAGUCACAAAGAAAUUUGUCAAGUCUGUUGUAGAGGAUAAAUCACUACAUUCAGUAAGUUGAUUGUUGGAUACAUCACUACAUUCAGUAAGUUGAUUUUAAUGGAUACAUCACUACAUUCAGUAAGUUGAUUGUAAUGGAUACAUCAUUACAUUCAGUAAGUUGAUUGUAAUGGAUACAUCAUUACAUUGAGUAAGUUGAUUGCAUCACACUGUGGGUAUAGAGUUAAGAACACAUGCUAAAAAGGAGGUUAGGAUGUAGCAAGUCAUACAUGAAAUAACUGAAAAUUCUCUUACCAGGUUCUUAAACCUUCUCUUACCAGGUUCUUAAACCUUCUCUUACCAGGUUCUUAAACCCUCUCUUACCAGGUUCUUAAACCUUCUCUUACCAGGUUCUUAAACCUUCUCUUACCAGGUUCUUAAACCUUCUCUUACCAGGUUCUUAAACCUUCUCUUACCAGGUUCUGAAACCUUCUCUUACCAGGUUCUAACACCUUUUCUUACCAGGUUCUUAAACCUUCUCUUAUCUGGUUUUCAAAACUUCUCUUACCAGGUUCUUUAAUAUUCUUUUACCAGGUUCUGGUACCCAUCAGAGAUGGCAUCCUAAUUAUCAGGAGAAAGACAGAUGUAGAAGGAAAUCUCUAGGCUUAUUACAAUCUAGGAGAUGUCUUGUUUUAUUAUAAAGAAAGAUGAAUGUUUGUUUUAUUAAAUAUUAUUCCAGGGCUUUUUUUAUGUCAAAAGUUGAAUUCACAUUUUGAAAACAAUCCAAAAAAAAUAAUUUCUCAAGAAAGUUCACAAGAUUUUGGUACCGUAAAAUGAACUGCCCUUUGGUCAUUAAAUUGGGCAACAGAUUCACUUUAAGGGAUGGUGAUAAAAUCAGUGGCUAACUGUUCACAGAUCAAAGUUAUAUAAAUAUGUAAUCCCUACAUCAUUGUGUUGUUGUUUUUUUCAGUCUGCAUUUACAGUUGGUGCUUGAUAUUAAUGCUACAGUCUAUAGUAUUAAAAACUAUCAUGAGAUUUGUGUUGUACAACUUAUAAAAUCAGUCUGUUGAUUGAAGUCAGUCUGUUGAUGAUAUGCUUAACUUAUUUUACUGAUUAUACUUUUUUUAAAGUAAAAAAGAAAUUGUUGUAAAAAAUUUAAUUGCUGGCAGUGUAUGCCAAAUAUAACUUUAGAACCCCCAAGGAUCAAGCGGAUGGGAUGAAACCAAAAACUUCUGACCAUUAAAAUGUGAAGAGUUGGAUAGAGCUAGAGAAGAUGGCAAGAGACCAGAUGGCAUAGAAAGAGUUUUUAAAAUGGUCUAUGCCAUGCUCCACUCAGAGUUAAAAAAGACAAGUUUUUAAAAUGGUCUAUGCCAUGCUCCACUCAGAGUUAAAAAAGACAAGUUUUUAAAAUGGUCUAUGCCAUGCUCCACUCAGAGUUAAAAAAGACAAGUUUUUAAAAUGGUCUAUGCCAUGCUCCACUCAGAGUUAAAAAAGACAAGUUUUUAAAAUGGUCUAUGCCAUGCUCCACUCAGAGUUAAAAAAGACAAAGAAAAAGGAUUAAAAAUGAUUAUGAUAUUUUGUGUUGCACUUAUGAAUUAUGUCUGUUGAUGGGACUCUUAACCUAUUUUACUAAUAAUUCUAUUCUUAACUCAACAACUUUGCUGUAAAAAAAAAAUAUGUAAGUGUUGACAUAAGUGUAUGCUUUAAGAGCUCAUCUCUCUUGAAUUUCAUUUAGCUUAUCUCCUUUGGACUUUUAAAACAGGGCAAUGGAUAUUUUGUUUACUCAGCUUAAAGGAUUGUAUGAACUUAUCUCAGGCCAUUCAGAUCCACCAUAUUUUGGUGCUCAGAUCCACCAUGUUUUGGUGCUCAGAUCCACCAUAUUUUGGUGCUCAGAUCCACCAUGUUUUGGUGCUUAACUUCACUCUUUCUCACCAAUCAAAGUCUUGCUGCUCUCACACCAUUUCAAAAAUUAAUGGGCAUCUGUUCACAUAAUUUAAUUUGCUUUCUUUUGGACCAUAAAUCUGUGACAUAGUAAUUGCAAUCUAUUUUGUAUGUUAAAACAGUUGCAGGUUAUUUUGGACAUAUUACAACAAUGUUUUUUUUUUACUGGUGUUCAAGCAUUAAACACAGCUUAAACACAGCUUAAGAAGUAUGUGAAACUAUUACUUUUACAGUGUUCAGGAGGCAAAUUAAAGAAUAAUAUUAA